GGGGAAGACGUGCGUGUGCAUGCAGGGACGCUUCCACAUGUAUGAAGGACACUCACUGUGCAAGGUGCAUGUCUUUGGAAGUGGGAGGAAGCCGGAGUACCCGGAGGGAACCCACGCAGUCACGGGAAGAACAUGCAAACUCCACACAGAAAGAUCCCGAGCCCGGGAUUGAACCCAAGACUACUCAGGACCUUCGUAUUGUGAGGCAGAUGCACUAACCCCUCUUCCACCGUGACGCCCCAUGCACACAUAUAUAUACAUAUAUACAUAUGGGUCGGUACCAGGAAGAUGUUUGCAAAGGUUACCUUUUAUACUGUAAUUAUUACUGUAUUUGACAAGGGGCAGACAGCAUAAGAACACGUGCAGUUUGUACUAAAUCUAAAGGAAAUACAGUAUUCUGUUGGGGAAAUGUGGCGCUUGUUGAUAAUUCCCUGGUUGUUUUCAUUCUCGUCGUUAGUUACAUGCUAUUUUGUUCAAAAUAAUGAAUAUUUUGAUAUUUAUUUAAUUGUUUUGCUCAGCCGCACACUUUUCCUAUGUCGCUGUACAGUAAGUUGCAUUUUUGGUUCUAUGGCUAUCGUCACACUUUUUUCCUCACAUGGUAUCUGAGCAUCAUGACCGAUUGCAACGCCACCGUCUCCAUGACGACACCCUUGACCUAUCGCCAUCGUGUCCUUCAGACCACCUUUCCAGUGCGAGUCUUCAAGCUGCUGGGCGUGGAGACUUUGAUCGUGACCAACGCCGCCGGCUCGUUGGCCGACGACCUGCGUCCCGGCGACCUCAUGGUCAUCAAGGACCACGUCAACUUCCCGGGUCUGGUGGGCCUGAACCCGCUGUGCGGACCCAACGAUGACAAAUUCGGGCCGCGCUUCCCGGCAAUGUCGAGCUGCUACGACAAAGGCCUGCGUUGCCUAGCGAUGGAGAUCGCAAAGGAGAUGGGCGUGGCCGGCCUCAUGCAGGAGGGCGUGUACGCAAUGGUGGGCGGACCCGCUUUUGAAAGCAUCGCCGAGGCCAGGCUGUUGCAUGGACUUGGCGUGGAUGCUGUCGGUAUGAGCACAGCGCCCGAGGUCGUCAUAGCAACACACUGCGGCCUGCGAGUAUUCGGCCUCUCUCUCAUCACCAACAAGGUGGUGAAGAGCUACGAGGACACGGACAGCGUGGACCACCAGGGCGUGCUGGAGGUGGGGCGGAUGCGCUCGCAGACGCUGCAGCACUUUGUGACUGAGCUGGUCUCCAGGAUGGACGUCAACAACAACAGCAGGAAUGCUCUCUGAGAGGACUUUCCUUUUCUUUGUGUACAGCUGCAUUAUUUUAACGCUAACUUUAUUAUAAAAAAAUAAAAAAUAAACUUUGCAAUUUGAGAAAUGCUGUAUGCUGAUGUGGAAAAAUAUUGACAUAAUGGAGAUGCUGAAUAAGAGUGUAAGGAUUAACCCCUGAUGUACAGUAUUUGUUAUUGUAAACAUAAAUGAGAUUUGUGGUUUGAUACGUGGUAUGAUGAUAUAAUAUACAUAUAUAUUUCUGAUGUUAUAUGACUAAAAACACAAUGCUAAACCAAAAUGUUUCAUGCCGCUUUGAUUAUUCCAGUUAAGUAGCGAUAAAGGCAGCAAGGAUAAAUAGCAAAGACAACAGGAAAAAACGACUUCCAAGUCUUCCCCAAACUUGUCCCAAAAUCGUUUGUGCUGCAAAAAUGUUCAAUUGUGGCUUUUUAAGUUUUUAUGGUAUUAAUGUGUUAUUAUUCAUAACCAGCCCUCCAAACAAUGUUCCCUCUAAUUUUGCAUGUGUGUGAGCAAAAGCAGUGUGUAUUAUAUUUAUCCAUGAGAGCAUUUUUGUUGUAAAUUGUGAGGUGUGUGUGUUAAAAACAUGGUUGUGUUUACAAAUGAUGACACAUGUGAACAAGAGCAUGUAUUGUCUUUGUGUGACGAUGUAAAUGAGGUGUGGUUGUAUUGUAUAUUAAGUAUGUGUCCAUGAAAGGGCAUUUUAUGACUUUUCUUAAUUUGAUUAGUAUGAUUUUAUUGUCAUAAUUGUAUUGCAUGAUUUUUGUAUCCCUUUAAUUUAGGUUGCCAGGGACUGCAGAUGGAAAUGAGCUAUUUAGCUAUAAUCUGGUACAGAACAUAUGUGUCUUUGAGCUUAAUGUUUCUGUGCAUUGUCCCUUCAAAAUAAAGACUAAACUAAACCAAA